AUGCCUCCAACCAAGAGAAAGGCUGCCAACGCCCUUGACCCAUCCGAGCGCAAAAGAGCACAGAACCGCAUCUCGCAACAGUGUCUGCGCGAAAAGAACAUCACCUACAUCCGUAACCUGGAGGAGACGAUUGAGCUGUUGCAGAAGGUAGCGACGGGCUCAGACCCUCAAGAUCGGUACUCUGUUCUUCUCGAUGCGCAUCUAAAGUUAAUAUCUGAGAACCGGAAGCUGGAAGAUGCCUCGCUGAGGCUGCGUAAGAAGUUACUCAGUUUCGGUCAAGCUGCUACUGCUGCGGCGGAUGAUGAGGUUUUCGAUUCUAUAUUUCGAAGGAGAGAUGCUGGAAACCCGGAAGCGCAGCAAUCUGCACCAAGGAUGGAUUUAGCCAAUCACGAAACACCACCUGCUCUCAAUCCGUCGGUCAACAAUCAGUCUUUCCAGGACAUCCCGGAGCAAGUCACUCAUACGGACAUAUUCAAGGACGCGUCCUUUCUUUUGGAUCUAUCAACGGCGAGCCAGGUACAGCACGAGACAUUAACCCCAAGCACAAUGCAGCCUGGGGAUACCUUCUUAGAUCCAGCCAUGUCGUCUUUAUCACCAAGAUCCCUUUUGUUCGUCCCAAAUCAGCUCAGUAUCACGUCAAUGUCAAUCUUUGGGUCUAGGCUCCUUGAUGCUUGUCGUCGACACCUGGAUAACCUUCGGGACGCUGGAAACCAUAGCGAUAUGGUCGAAAAGAUAAUCAAGACUGCUGUGCGCUUCUCUAUGCGCUGCGCAGGAUUGGAAUCGUAUGCCUAUGGAGUGAAUGGGGCUAAGUAUAUAGAAAGAGUCAUCAGUUGGCGCCUUGGAAUCGAGUCAAGAAAUUCGGUUCCGCUUCCAUUCCGGCCAACGCCCCUCCAGUCCAAAAACCCCACGCACUUUUGGGGCAUCGAUUUGUUCAACUGGCCUGAAAUCAGAGAUCAACUCGUCCUCGAGGCGGAAACCACUGAUUUCGACGAACUGAUCAAAGACCUUGUCUUACACUCGGUGAUAGAACCCGCUAACCACAGCGUCGCGGUAAAUGUUCUCGACAUCUUUCAAAAUCAAGUCCUGCGCCGACGUCAGCAUCAAAAAUCCUCUGCGAGGAGUUACUUUACCGAUCCAUCAUGGACACUAUUCCAGAUCGGCCCUGAGGUUGGGGAAUGGUACUCUUCUGAGCACGAUAUAGUCGAAGAAGCCAUCUUUCAAGAACUAGACCGUCAGAUAAACGCCGUGGCGCCAAGUCCAGAGGAUAAUUCUGUGGAGGACAGUCGGGCAAACGACGUAGCCAAGUUUCUGGGUCUCGAUGACUUUUGUGAGUGGAAGUUGAGCAAAGAGUUUGCGCGGAAAUAUCCAAAGUUGGAUUGCUCGACAGCUGUUACGCAACGCGAUCUUGCGCCCUCGGCGAUGGUUUACUGCUGGUGA